AUGGCUGAAAAGAAGAAUGUUUUGGGGCUGCCACUGCUGUUUUUGCUAAUAGCUGUUGCUCUCCUGCAUUUAUUAAUUUGUCCGUUCACUAAAGUUGAGGAGAGCUUUAAUUUACAAGCGACGCACGACAUUCUGUAUCACAGACUUAACUUUGACAAGUAUGACCAUCAUGAGUUCCCUGGUGUGGUGCCACGGACUUUCCUUGGCCCCCUGUUUCUCUCCAUGCUCUGCUCCCCUGUUGUGUUGCUGUCCUCUCUGCUGGAUGCACCAAAAUUCUACGCGCAGCUGACAGUCCGAGCUUCCCUCGGAGUGUGUGUUAUCGGUGCACUGUGGCACAUGCAGAGGGAGGUGAGGAGGCAGUUCGGCUCCACAGUUGCGGGUCUCUUCUGUCUGACGUGUGCCUCUCAGUUUCAUCUAAUGUUCUACAGCACGAGGACGCUCCCUAAUGUACUUGCACUUCCAAUAGUUCUGGUAGCAUUCACGUCUUGGAUGGCUCAGAAACACGGGCGCUUCAUUGGCCUCUCUGCUUUAGUCAUCAUUGUGUUCCGGUCGGAGCUCUGCAUCUUCUUGGGUCUCAUGUUACUGAUGUCGCUGUUGAGCAGGAGGCUGGGACUGCUGCAGCUGCUUUACUAUGCAGUUCCUGCUGGGAUCUUUUCAUUGGCUCUGACGGUGGCCAUCGACACAGUCUUUUGGAGGAAGCUGUUGUGGCCUGAAGGUCAGGUUUUGUGGUACAACACUAUUCUCAACAAAAGUUCCAACUGGGGAACCUCUCCCUUUCUGUGGUACUUUUACUCGGCUGUGCCCCGUGCCCUCGGCUGCACGCUGCUCUUCAUCCCGCUCGGCCUCCUUGACAAGCGGACGAGGAUGCUGCUGCUGCCCACCGUGGGCUUCAUCCUUAUCUACUCGUUGCUGCCCCACAAGGAGAUGCGCUUCAUCAUUUACACGUUCCCUGUGCUCAGCUUGGUGGCUGCCCGAGGCUGUUCUUUCAUUUUGUGCAACUACCAGAAAUCCUGGAUGUAUAAACUGGGCUCUGUGGUCGUGGUUGGCCAGCUGUUGACCAAUGCAGCGUACUCUAGUAUUUGUCUCUACGUUUCCCACCACAACUACCCAGGGGGCAGAGGGCUGCAGGAACUACACAGGCUGUUGCCAGUCACAGCAGAUGUCUUUGUUCAUAUUGACACCUACGCUGCUGAAACCGGAGUUUCUCGAUUCUUGGAGGAGAACAGAAACUGGAGAUAUGACAAACGUGAGGACCUGAGCCUCACGAGUCCUGAUAUCAAAAUGUAUUCACACCUACUGAUGGAGGCAAAUGUCACCAAGAUACAGCUUCUCCAGGACACUCAUCAGCCUCUAGCCUUCAUAGAAGGUUACAACAAUAUUUCCUUCAACAUGUCUCACUUCCCUCCUGUCAGUGUGCGACUAGAGAGAAAAACUGUGCUGAUGGAGAGAAAGACAGCAACCAGACAACAAACUAUAAUAUAGGAAUGAUGUGUUGGAAUAGGUCAUGUUACCUGCGUGACCAAAAAAAGACCAAGGGUGACCAAAACAAGUGUUCUCAAAGGUUAGAUUGGAAUGUAACAAGCAUUUUUCCAGGUGUGAAAAGAAUAACAUGUCUUGUCAUCUGUCACAUUUGACCACAAUUCAACUGCUGACAUGUGCUACCACAUAAAAAUGUUGCAUUGACCUGUCAUACAUCUGUUUAAAACAUGAUACCAGUUCAAAUGGUUCAGCAUUCUCAUGCUAAUGUGUAAUGCAUUGUGUUUACCAUGAAGAGUGAGGAAAAAUGAAAUGUCUUCUGGCAGCCCAGGAGACGGUUUUUCUCUUCCACAGAAUGCUUUGUAUUCUGCACCUCUGCAUUUUUAUGUUCUGUGGAUUGAUUUUCUAGAUGAAUAAAGCUGAAACUGAGUGGAAGCA